AUCGCUUUUCAAGUGUAUAUGUACGCUUCGAUCAUGAUGCAGAACUUUGGUUUUAUAGAUAUCUGUUAAGAUGACAACAGAUCUUUUAACACUGAGUAUUAACUAGUUUUUAGUGGCAAAUGGUACAGAUGUGAACGUGACCAUUAUUGAGCUUCAAAUGAAAUUAUCAUGUAAAUGUGCACUGCUGAAUGCUGGGCUAGUGGGUGUGCUGAUCCUCAUCUUGAACAUUAUUUCCCCUCACAUAUUCGGCAAGGAGUCCCAGAUGUUGAACGGGCAGGAAACACUCAUGGACUUGUGGUACGUCCGACUGUUUGUCAACCUACUGGGCUAUGCUACGAUAUUCGUGCCCGGCUACAUCCUCAUACGCUACUUGCGGAAGGUACGCUUCGAUGAGACUGCAGGCCCAGGGUUCUGGCCGCAGCUGGCCAAGCUGUGUGUGUUUGGGAAGGAGAACGAAAAUCACCAUGAGAACAGCAUCGCAGGAGGCGACAAGGGAGGGGGCAAGAAGACGACUAACAACACGAGUCUCAGUCAGAGUGCCGGCUUGCUCCUGUUCUGCUUCGUGGGCCUUCAGGUCUCCUACCUGACAUGGGGACUACUGCAGGAGCGUAUGAUGACUUUUGAGUACAAGGCCACUGAUGAGGACAAGGGCGAAUUCUUCAAGAAUUCUCAGUUUCUCGUGUUAGUCAACAGGGUCCUUGCCUUAACGCUCGGAGUCUUUGUCCUGUUCGUGAAGCAGCAGCCCCAGCACACGGCACCGCUGUACAAAUACUCAUUCAGUUCGAUCUCCAACGUUCUCAGUAGUUGGUUUCAGUACGAGGCUCUGAAGUUUGUCAGCUUUCCCACUCAGGUGCUCGCAAAAGCGUCCAAAGUGAUACCCGUGAUGUUGAUGGGGAAGACUGUAUCUCAUAAAAAGUACGAGUAUCAUGAGUAUGCCACUGCUCUCAUGAUUUCUGUUGGGGUGGGACUGUUCUUAAUGACGAGUGGUGAUGCAACUCGUGGAAAAGAGAAGACUACGACGGUAGCUGGGGUGAUAUUGCUUGUUGGGUACAUUGUCUUUGAUAGUUUCACGUCGAACUGGCAAGGUGAACUGUUCAGUAAGUAUAAGAUGUCCUCUAUACAGAUGAUGGUGGGAGUGAAUAUGUUUUCAUGUCUUCUGACUAGUGUCUCCCUCAUUGAGCAAGGUGGGUUCCUCGAGUGCUUUGCGUUCAUGUUCACUUAUCCAAUAUUUAUGAGUCAUAUUAUUAUACUCAGCCUUUGUUCCGCUGUCGGACAGUUGUUUAUAUUCUACACCAUAGAAAAAUUUGGGGCCGUCACGUUCACAAUCAUCAUGACAUUGCGCCAAGCUUUUGCUAUUUUACUGUCCUGUAUAAUUUACGGACAUCCUCUAACAAUACUAGGGGUCUUUGGUGUUUCAAUUGUGUUUCUGGGUAUGUUUUUGAGAACCUAUGCAGAGCAGCGAGCAAAAGCAAUCAAAUUGGCAAGGGAAGCAAGUGAAAAGAGUUCGUCCAACGUGUAAAAUACUUACUUGUACCAAAAUACUUUGUGAUCAGCUUUACAUUGUUUUGUUUUUUUUAAUUAAUUUAUCAUAUAGUUUUUCCAAAUGUUGUUUUCAAGGCCAAGUAAAAUCUGGGUGCUUGUAAUGUAAAUUGCAUGUAAAAUCAUUUAGGAACAAAACUUUAUGGAAGUGUUUCACUUUUAAAGUAGAUUUUUAUAGUAAUUAACUAUUAUAUGUGGUUUAUCAUGUGCAGAUCAACUUACUUUUAGUGUGGUAUAUAUAUUUUUACACACCUAUUUUAAUUGUAUAUCAUUACAAUCAUAAAACCAA